UGCCCUACGUCAUCAGUCAGCUCCGGGAGGAUCUGUGUGAGCCUCGCGGCGGCUAACGCGUAAAAGCAAAUCGCUGCUUGCUCCUCGCCAACAAAAGCGUCUGACGGCGGGGCGAAACACUUGUGUUGUCACUCGUCUGAAUGUAUGAGCUUAAAGUCGGAGGCGUUUUCCACUGACGAGCUUUUUUUUUAUGCAACCCACACUGGUUGUUUCCAGGCUCAACGAUGUCCGACGCUAGUCAAACAGCUUCAGAAAACAACGGAGACUCCGGUCUAAACGGGUCCUGGGUGGAGUUGGAGAUGAGCCGAGGCGCCGCGGGGUCAACCCAGUCCUCGUCCGCAGUUAGCCCAGUUUCGGCCUUGCUGCCCCUUCCUCAGGUGGAGGAAGAGGAGGCCAUAGUGGGGGCAUUGGAGCAUGUCCCAUCCUCAUCGUCCAUCCACAACGGUGACAUGGAGAAGAUCCUGCUGGACGCCCAGCAUGAAUCCAGCCGUAGCAAUUCCUCCUGUGACAGUCCUCCACGACCCCACACUCCGCAAGAUGAAGGGCAGAUCAUCUUCGACGUGGACGUGAGCGGCCGACGAGACAGUCAAACAGAAGAGGACGUCUUGGACAAGGAGCGGGACAUGGACAUCCUGAUGAAGGACGCGGAUUGGGUUGCUGACUGGUCUAGUCGACCGGAAAACAUUCCUCCUAAGGAAUUUCAUUUCUGUCACCCUCGCCGCUCUGUGACGCUCAGCAUGAGGAAGACUGGUGCCAUGAAGAAGGGAGGCUUCUUCUCUGCCGAGUUCCUCAAAGUCUUCAUCCCAUCCUUGCUGAUUUCACACAUCCUCGCCCUCGGACUUGGAGUGUACAUUGGGAAGAGGUUGACCACGCCCCCCACCAGCUCCUUCUGAAGCUGAAACCGAAGAAAAGUGCCUGAGAAGUAGCCCGGACGCCAGAGAAAGUGUUGUUGUCUUUUGCAGAGUUUCUCCUUCUUCUCCCCUGCUUGCCCCCCUUCCUCCUCCUCCUCGCUGAGAUUUGAUAUGUUCUCAGGAGAAAUGCAUCGGCCUUUCCCGACAUCGCCCACCCGUUAUAUCCAUUCAUUUGUAAAAGUUUUUUCAACAAGUGCGAAGGCUAUAUUAAUAGGCUUGUUUUUGAUGUCAAAAUGGGCCACUUUUUUUUUUUCUUUCAGAAAAGGCUUAAAAAAGUGGAAGACAGGGUGUGUGUGUGUGAACCACUUGUGCGCUGACAGUAUUUUCAAGGUUGGGUGUCCAUUUGAAGUGACCUGAUAAGAUUUGCUAUCAAAAAUAGAGUCAAAAAUAUAGUUUAUAUUUUUUGGGGGGCGGGUGUACAAACGCUAAUUUGUACUUUAAAAAAAAAAAAAGCACCAAAGCCUUGCUGAGUUGGGGCCGUAGUUCCUCAAGUUUGAAGCCGCGUGUGUAAUCCACAACUACAAAUGAUCUAACUUGGUGUGUGAUUGCAGAUGCAUGACUGACCGUUUUCAACAACAGCACAAAAAUGUAAUCCGCUAUUUAAAAUUUCAAUGGGAAGACACUUGCGUUUUGCCCACAGCUGAACUUUGACCCAUCAUGGAAAUGCAGUGUAGACCAAAUGUUAAUCAAGCAUUUACUAGAUUUUUAAAAGUGCAGAUGAGAGGUAAAAGUUUUUCUUUACAAAAAUGGCCCAGCAGGUUAAUUCCACUCAUUUUGUAACCAAAAUGAAUCUAGUUAGCAGAGUGGUGAUUUUGAUUUCACUGUAUUGCCAUUAGUGUAACUUUCUUUUUAGUUUUUGAUAUUUAUGCUCAUGUGAAUAUGUGCAGCAAUCAAAAGGCCUCCCCCUUUUUUUAUUCUUUUUUUUUUCUAAAGAUAUAAUUGUUAACACUCAGCGCAUGAGUCGCUUUGGCCAACUUCUAAAAACUUUUUGUGAUUGGUCCUGAUGUGCGAAGGAACCUCGAGAGCGCUCUCACACUAAGAUGGUCCGACAGUAACUAAUGUAACAUGUUUGCUUUCGUUUUUUCUUCUCCUAUUCCAUUCAACUGAUGAUAAACGUUUUGUCAUUAAAGAUAACCUGAAUGAA